GAAUGACGCAACCAAGGAUUGAUGCAGGCUCCUGGACGCAGAAGGGUAAGAAUGCAAAGGAAGCUAUUGGUAAAGCUUGGUCAAAGUUUUUCCAUAUUGCAGGAGUACCUAGAAGACAGGUCGACAGUCCAUACUUUGUCAGCGCGGUCAGGGAGACACAGAAGUGGGGUGAAGGUAUCGCAUCACCCACUGGACGGGAUAUUGAUGGCAAGUACCUUGAUCAGAACGAGCAAGACUUGAAGUCGAGGUACGUAAAGUUUCAAAAAGACUGGCCUUUAUUUGGCGUCACGUUGAUGUGUGAUUCAUGGACUGCCCCGACGAGAAUGAGUGUCAUCAACUUUUUGAUAUAUUGCAAUGGGGUCACGUGGUUCCAUAAAUCUAUUGAUGCGAGUGGAAGAACUCAAGAUGCUGCAUAUUUGUUCAAGGAGAUUCGAAAGGUGGUGGAAGAGAUUGGACCGGAGAAUGUCGUGCACGUAGUCACCGACAAUGGCUCGAACUACAAGAAAGCAUAUAAGGAACUUCUAAUUGAGGACAAGAAGCCGAACAUUUGCGAAGUCGUGAUGGCCUACCAGACUAUGAAACAGGAGCUGCGGUCUUUCUUUGGAACAAAUGUUUCCACAAUGAAGGAGUAUAUUCAGGUGGUGGAUGACAGGUUAGGUGACGUGUUCAUAGGCAGCUGCUGUCCUAAAUCCGAGGCGUCAAAUGCUCAUGGCUAUCCUGUCUUCAACAACUCCACUGGAUGCGUUGUAGUUGCAUGUGACGUGACUUUUGAUGAAUCUAAUGGCUCUCAAAAGAAGCAAGUUGAUUUAGAUGAUGCAGACGAUGAACUACCUCCCCAAAAAGCAAUUGAGAAGAUGGCAAUUGGAGAAAUCAAGCCCCAAGAAUAG